UCGCGGCUAACGUGACUCGUUUCUGCUAUAUAUGCGCUUCACGGGGGAAAGAUGGUCGCGAGCGCCCGUGUACAGAAGCUCCUAAGACGGUAUAAACUCGCAAUCGCGGCCGGUUUAACCAUCUUACUGAUCCAGGGACUGGUGGUAUGGAGCCUGCGGAGUCUGGAGGAGGGAGAGGCUGUGCAGAAACACAGGGGGUCGAAGUUGCCCGACCACAAUGGGCAGGAGCAGAAGAUGCACCCUGUGGUCUUUGAGAGGCAAAACGCCCUGUCAAAGGUAAACCACGGGCAGUCGAGGCAGCGCAAGGAUCAGCCAGCCGUCACCACCAUCAUCAGAAGAGCGUCUAAACGGAGAAACAAGCCCUCUUUGAAGGACAAGAGUCUGGGUGGUCCGGAAGACGGAGUGGCUGCCCAUUAUGAUCCCUCGAGCAGCCGUAACUUCAGCGACACGCGGGCAGGGGACAUGGCCAAAAUCCAUCUAGCAGCACCAGGAGAGCCGGGCAGCGUUGAGGGUGCUCCUCAAGUCCCCAGCAGUGACUUUGUGCCCAAAUGUGAGAUCUCGGGCAAGGACGCCCUGUCUGCCCUCCACCGUGCGGGUUCACGGCAGUGCAGACAGGAGAUCGCCAACAUUGUGUGCCAGCACCAAGCGGGACAGCUCAUGCCUCAGUCUCUGCCUCAGUUCUGCCCACAGCAUGUGAUCUCCAGUGCGGUCCAGCAUGCAGAUUUCACUGACACGGACCUCUCUAAGGUGGAGAACCCAGUCAGGGUGGUCUUCAUGCUGGUGGUUCAUGGACGAGCAGUCCGACAGUUGAAACGUCUCCUCAAAGCCAUCUAUCACAAAGACCACUUUUAUUACAUCCAUGUGGACAAGCGAUCAAACUACAUGCACCGGGAGGUGCUGCAGAUUUCGAAGAUCUACCCCAAUGUGAGAGCUACACCCUGGCGCAUGGUCACCAUCUGGGGCGGGGCCAGUCUGCUGAAGGCUUACCUGCGCAGCAUGCAUGACCUGCUGUCCAUGCUGGACUGGAAAUGGGACUUCUUCAUCAACCUCAGUGCCACCGACUACCCCACCAGGACCAAUGAUGAGCUCGUGGCUUUUCUCUCCCAGAACCGUGACAAGAACUUCCUGAAGUCUCACGGCAGAGAGAACGCAAGGUUCAUUAAAAAGCAGGGUUUGGACCGGCUGUUCCACGAAUGUGACAACCACAUGUGGCGUCUGGGCGAGCGCACCAUCCCCGAGGGGCUGGAGGUGUCAGGAGGCUCGGACUGGUUUGCCCUCACGCACAAGUUUGUGGAGUAUGUGGUAAACUCACAGGACGAGCUUGUGACGGGGCUCAAGCAGUUUUACACCUACGCUCUUCUGCCUGCUGAGUCUUUCUUUCACACAGUGCUGGGAAACAGCCACAUGUGCGAUACUUUGGUCGACAAUAAUCUGCGCGUGACCAACUGGAACCGGAAAUUGGGCUGCAAGUGCCAGUAUAAGCACAUUGUGGACUGGUGUGGCUGUUCACCAAAUGACUUCAAACCCUCAGACCUCGUCAGAAUACAGCAACUAACACGACCCACGUUCUUCGCCCGUAAGUUUGAGUCCACAGUGAACCAGGAGUCUAUUGAGAUUCUGGACAAUCAUCUGUAUGGACAGUACCCUCCAGGCACAGUGGCCCUGAAAGCGUACUGGGAGAGCCUAUUCGAGCAGGCUGAUGGGGUCUCGUCCCUCAAUGAUGUGGCCCUUACGGCGUACUUUGCCUUCUUUAGACUGGGCCUCCGUAAGCAGAAGACCACUCAAAGCAGUUCUGAGGCCUGCAGGUUUGAACCUAUUGGCUACCCCCUGUCUGUGCACCUGUAUUUUUAUGAUGACCGUUUCCAGGGUUACCUGGUCAGACAGGAGGUGCAGAAUGUGGUGACAAGGUCCCGUGAGAUUCUGGAGGUGUGGGCUGUUCCUCAAGCAACUCUGCAGCUGGAACACAACCUUCAUGAGUUUGAGCGCCUCAAACACCUUGAGGUCGGAACCGAGUGGGACCCAAAGGAGCGAAUCUUCCGUAACUUUGGUGGUGUGAUGGGACCUCUAGAUGAACCAGUGGCGGUCCAAAAGUGGGCUCGUGGACCCAACCUGACAGCCACAAUAGUGUGGAUUGACCCAGCACACAUAGUAGCAGCCUCCUAUGACAUCAGCAUAGACGCUGAGGCCGAGUUUACGCAAUACAAGCCACCGCUUCAGCGCCCCCUCAGGCCUGGAGUGUGGACGGUGCGUGUGCUGCGGUUGUGGGAGCGUGUAGCAGAAACUCGGUUUUUGGUCAUGCCUCUGGCCUUCAAGGGACGUGAGCCCCUGCGCACAGAAGACCAUGGUUGGGUACACGCAGGUCCACCAGGUAACGUGUAUUUGGAGCAAAGCUUCCAGCAGCUGGCCCAUGUGUUGAAGCUGCCGCCCAGUGAGCCCGCUCUGCAGGAGGCACAGAAGAAGACAUCUCUGGUAGGGAAGCCUCUGGAGGCCUGGGUGGACAGCUCUGUCGACGCUUUCUGGGUAACGGGAGACAUUUGCUCUGAGCAGACUUCCUCCUGUCCCAGCAUUGGACUCUGUACCAAGACCUCUUGGAGUUCCUUGUCCCCUGACCCCAAAUCAGAACUGGGGCCAGUCAAAAAAGACGGUCGCAUUAGGUAGCCUUGCAAGCUCGAAUAAAUGGAGCAAAGCGCCGAAGGCCCUGAAGAACAGUCCACAAGAGUGAUGUUUACGAGUCGUGGUCUUCAGACCGUCCCAUUACUAGUCAAGGCACCUUCUGUGGAGUGCGGGAACUGGUUGAGGGUGAAUCUACGAGAGGAAAAACAUUUAAAUUUGCACAAGAAGACUGCCAGAAGUGGACAUGUUUGAGUCUUGCUUUUAUAAAUCAAUGUUCAGAUAUAAUCUAAAUACGUUGUUACAAGGUUCGAAGUCUUAUUAGCACAUAGUUUACGGUGUGGGUUUGUGAUACAAAGACCCAAAGCUCAACGAUUUUACACUUUUAUUCUUUGUUACGAGGAAAAAACUGUGCACAUUAUUUUCCUCUGUAAGACUGGUCAAAAUUGGUAUUUGAAGCUAGCAGACGCUAGUCGGAGCCGGAGUCCUCUGGGUGUGUCGCUAUGCUUCUUUUGAAGCAUUAAUAUCAAAAGUUCAGAAGCAGAUUGAAGAAGUGCACUUUACUGUAAGAAAGAGCUCCCUCCUGAUUGGCUGAGUCUCAGCAGAGGAUGCCGAGCUUGUAGAAGCAUUAUGAAUUUCUGCCAAUGGAUUGAUGUGUUCUCUCACUUUACGCGAUUCAGCUGCUCGGAGACGCAGCACUGCAUGGACUCAUCGUAUAUAGCAACAAAACAAGAAGGAAACAAGAGUCUGUGACUUUGUCUUCAAUCAAUGUCCUUUGAGUUGAAAAACACUUCAUCUGGAGGACCUGCUUUGUCCGUUACUGCAAUGUUUGCUCAGCGGCGCAAAAAUCGCAAAGUACGAGGACGCUUAUUGAAAUUAUUGAGACUGCCUAAAGAUCAGUAUGUGAUCUGUCGCUAAUACAUACACUUGUGCUUGUAUACCACCACUUUACAGUAUUUCACACUUAAUUCUUGUCUUCCACUAGUUUGGUUCUCAACUACGAAUAAUUUCCUGAACUGUGUCCUAAACUGGAGCUGGACGCUACAGCUGGAGACUUGAGUUACUGCUCCAAUUGUAUAAUUUAAAGGAAUUUUUUACAUAAUCAUGUCAAUCUUUUUGAAUUUCUUCUAUGGAACACAAACGAAGACCUUAAAUGUAAUGGUCAGAUGAUUGAAUGAAUGGAAACAACUUGUUUGCUGUAUUUCAAGUCUUGAGAAACAAAGUUAUUCUCUGAAAAUCUCCCCAUCCUCCUAUAAUAUCGUCAAAGAAAUCCCAUCUCCAUAUUCAGAGUUCUGCCAUUCGAUGUCAAAUUAUGAGACAUGGGAACCAAUGGAUUUUUGAAGGUUGAAAGUGUUGGUUGAAUGGAACUUCAGUGGAGGUUUCAUUAAAAGUUAAUUUGUGUUGAAGAUGAACUGAAGUCAUACAAGUGUGAAAUGACGUAAGUGAAUAUUCUAAUUUUGGAUGAGCUUCAGUUUGUUUCCCACACAAAGCUAUCGUAUAAUUUCAGAAGAUUUAAAAUAGUGUGCAUGAGUCGUGUAGACUUCUUUGUGCUUUUUAGACCCUGACAGCUUCAGCAGCUUUUACGUUCUACUUCUUUUUGUGUUCCACUGAAGAAAGUCAUUCAGGUUCAGACCUGUCCCUUUAAAUUCAGAUUGUAAAUGAUCAGUCUCCGUUUUAAUGUGUCAUAGCUGGUUAUUACUGUUUUUAACCACCCACAUUUGUCCAUUUAUGUCUGCUGUUUUACUUUCUUGCCUUUCAUUGAAGACACUAGGAAACAUAAUGUGUCUUGUUCGACAUGCUGCAUUUAUUUGGCAAAUGCAAUGCUUCUUUUACGGUAGAUUUUAAGUGCCCCGUGUUUCAAAGGGGUUGUUUCAGGUUUUAAUUUACUGAGCAAAAAACUCAGUUCUUUUGUGUUUUAGGUUUAAAGUGUCCUUUUUCUCUUGGUGUAUGUUCUUCGUUGAAGCUUUUGUGGUAUCAAAAGAAACAAGUGAAAUUACAUGUAAAGAAUGGUUGGUUGAGUGAAUUAAUAAAUGAAUGAAUGAAUGAAUGAAUGCUAUUUUUGGAUGUAAAGUCCUAUUUUAAUCUGUCCGUGAGAUCUUGAGAAUGCUGCUUCAGCUUUUGUUUUACGUCCAUCAUCAGUCUCACUGGGUCUCUGUGGGGUGUGAACACCAGUCUUAACCUGAAAGUUGGAGACCCAUUGAACCCGAGCCGUUUUAGGGGCAAUGGGCAGCAACAGAUAACACAAUAAAGAUGUGAAAGCAA